AUGAAGUACUCCAUCAUUGCCUGCGCCGUCACCGGUGCCCUCGCCCUCAACACCAACCUCGUUGCUCCGCGCGACGCCGACACCGUCAUCUCCAUCCUCGGCGACGUCAAGAAGAACCUCGAGGCCCUCGACUCGUCCGUCAAGAGCUACAGCGGCGACCAGGCGCCCCUUCUCAAGGCCUCCAACGACGUCGUCUCCGCCCUGACCGACGGCAAGACAAAGGUCGACGGCUCCGACGAGCUCGACCUCAACGGCGCCAUCAAGCUGACGGAGCCCGUCCAGGACCUGACCAAGAGCGGCGAGGCGCUCACCUCGGGCCUCAAGGAGUUUCGCCCCACGGUCGAAAAGGAGGGCGCGUGCACCAUUUUCCGCACCCAGGUCGGCAGCGUCAACGAUGCCUCGCAGGCGCUGAUCAAGUCGGUCAUUGCAAAGGUCCCCGAGGAGGCCCAGUCGAUUGCCUCCCAGCUCGUCGCUGGCCUCACCAAGGUCCUCCAGGAGGCCGUUGACGUGUUUAGCGAGAGCAACUGCAAGGACAGCGGCAACGCCGGUUCUUCGUCCACUGGCUCUGCCCCGGCCUCAUCUUCGGCUGCUGCCACGUCUUCUGCUGCUGGCUCUUCCUCGGCAGCACCUACCGGAGCUGCCUCUUCUUCCGUCACCUCGGCUCCUUAUCCCACCAGCUCUGCUGUUUCCACUGGAACUGGCGCUGCUAGCAGCUCUGGCGCUGCCAGCUCCGACUUUCCCGUCGUCACCGCCGGUGCCGCUGCCAUUGCGCCCCUUGGUGCUGCUGCUCUUGCUGCUGCCGCCAUGCUGCUGUAA